ACUCAGCACAGUCUCAACGCCGACUAAUUUCCUACUUCUCAGUUCUCUCUCUCUCCCUCAACCUCGACCUCGACUUUUUUGCUAAAUCACCAUGUUUAUCCAUUUCUUCUUCGACGAAUCAAUCAAAUCCAGUCCUUUAAUUAUGCUACUUAAGAAUUAAUUACGAUACGGAAUUCCUUUAUUACCCGCUGAUACCUCCAGAAGGAUUUUUUUUUAUUAGCGGAACAGUUUGUAGGAAAAAAAAAAUGGCGAUGGAUGAUAAUGAGAGCUGCGGCAGCCGAUCAGUGGAGACGGCGUCGUCGAAGCAGAGCCGCCAUGAGAGACAGCGGUUUGAAGUUUACACUGAAGUUCUGAGCCGUCUCCAGGAUUUGGAUCGCCAGGAGGUUAAGCUCCCUGGCUUCGAAGACCAGCUCUGGCACCAUUUCAAUCGCCUUCCUGCUCGAUAUGCAAUGGAUGUGAAUGUGGAAAGAGCAGAAGACGUGCUGACGCAUAAGAGGUUACUGCUUCUAGCUGAGGACCCGGAUAACAGACCGGCUUUUGAUGUUCGCCUUGUCCAGGUUCAUCCUAGUGGAGCUGAGAAUGAUCUAGAUUCUGCUCAUUCGGAUUCUUUGAUGCGGGAAGAUGCUCAAAGUCAUACAUUUGAAUCCAAUAGGCGGGGAAUCCAUCCUCCACCUACAUUUGGUUCAUCAUCUAAUCUUGAGGCGCUUGGUGUUCAAAGUAGUGGAGCACAUGUGGAUGAUGUGGAACGUGAUAUAAAUUCAAUUUUUGAGACUUCACGGCCCAUGCAUGAGAUCACUUUUUCAACGGUUGACAAGCCAAAAUUGCUUAGUCAGUUGACGUCAUUACUUUCUGACAUUGGGCUGAACAUUGAAGAAGCCCAUGCAUUCUCCACUACUGAUGGCUUUUCUUUGGAUGUCUUUGUUGUUGCUGGGUGGCCUUAUGAGGAAACUGAGCUGCUAAAGAGUAAGCUGCAAAAGGAAAUUAAGAUGGCCAAGGAGCAGCCUUCCUCAGAAAAAAAUGUACCACCUAUGACUGAGAAUUAUGAAAGAGGAAACCCAUCCGUGUCGGAAUAUGUGAAAAUACCUACUGACGAGAUUGAUGUCUGGGAAAUUGAUCCCCGCCAGUUGAGAUUUGGGAAUAGGAUUGCUUCUGGAGCAUUUGGUGAUCUGUAUAAAGGUACAUAUUGUAGUCAAGAAGUUGCCAUAAAAGUUCUCAAACCUGAGAGAGUAAAUAUAGACAUGUUGAAAGAGUUCUCCCAGGAGGUUUUCAUCAUGAGGAAAAUUAGGCAUAAGAAUGUAGUUCAGUUUCUGGGUGCAUGCACAAAACCUCCAAACCUCUGCAUUGUCACGGAAUUCAUGUCCAAAGGAAGUGUGCACAGUUUCUUGCACAAGCAAAAAAGCACCUUUAAGCUUUCUACCAUUAUCAGAGUGGCAAUGGAUGUUUCUAAGGGAAUGAACUAUUUGCACCAGAAUAAUAUAAUUCAUCGGGAUUUGAAGACUGCUAAUCUUCUAAUGGAUGAACAUGAAGUAGUUAAGGUUGCCGAUUUUGGCGUUUCUAGAGUGGUGUCCCAAACUGGGGUUAUGACUGCAGAAACUGGUACAUACAGGUGGAUGGCUCCUGAGGUAAUUGAGCACAAACUUUAUGAUCACAAGGCUGAUGUUUUCAGCUUCGGCAUUGUACUAUGGGAGCUUCUAACAAGAGAAAUUCCGUAUUCAGAUUUGACACCUUUGCAAGCAGCUAUAGGGGUUGUGCAGCAGGGUCUACGGCCUGCAAUUCCUAAGCACACACAUCCAAAAUUAGUAGAGCUGCUUGAGAAGUGCUGGCUGCAGGAUCCUACUCACAGACCAAAUUUCUCCCAAAUUUUGGAAAAUUUGCAGAGAAUUGCCAAGGAGGUUGUAGAUGAAGUAGAAGAUCGGCAGAAGGACAAAUCGAUCGGUGGGUUUUUCUCCUCUCUCAGGAAGGGCCAUCAUUGACAAUUCGACGUUAUGAUUCUGUUGCAUAGAAUUUCAUCAUUUGUUGAGUACAGAAUUUUUUUUUCCCCCUCGUUAUCGAAACACGUGUAAUCCAUCGGGUUAGUGAAAAGUUUCCUUUCAGCUAUUAAUGCAGCUUUGAACCACUUAUCCAAUCAAGGCUCGGUAACCUUUUACAGGUACUAUUUUCAA